UCCGGGCUUGCUUUUGCACAGGCGGCGAGCCCUUGGCCCGGGCGCUCCGUCUUUGCAAGCAGAGAUCCGCCGAAGGGGCUGGGAAGGAAGACUGCAAGCAAGCCCUCCUUGCGGUUUUUAAAUCUUUUUUGGACCGGAUUGGGCCGUCGAGAUGAAGGGUUGUCAAAACGACUGUGCAGCUGGAUGUACAGCAGCAGCCGCAAAGCAUGUGACCGAAUCGUUCAAGGCUGCCGACUUAAUCAUCAACCCCUCUACCACUUUCAAGGAAAAGCCAGACCCCAACGGCCUUGUGUUUGGAACUGUGUUCUCAGACAACAUGCUGUUUAUAGAAUGGUCCUUAGCUUCAGGUUGGGAGAAACCUCAUAUCAAGCCUCUGGAGAACCUCUCUGUUCAUCCUGCCAUAUCGGCCUUCCACUACGCCGUAGAACCAAGAGGACUGACAGAGGCGAAACUGCUCCACAUGCUGUGGCUCAAUGAAUACACACUCUUUGAAGGCAUGAAAGCUUACCGAGGAGUGGACGGCAAAAUCCGCCUCUUCCGACCCAGGUUGAACAUGGACCGGAUGCUGCGGUCGGCUGUACGAGCCACUUUGCCGGGGUUUGACAAAGAAGAGCUUUUGGAGUGUAUCCGGAAACUCGUGGAAGUCGAAAAGGAGUGGGUGCCGUUUUCAACUUCUGCCAGCCUGUAUAUCCGCCCUACUUUGAUUGGAACAGAGCCAUCCCUUGGAGUCAAGAAGCCAUCGAGGGCCCUCUUGUACGUGAUCCUAAGCCCCGUGGGUCCAUACUUCUCAAGCGGAAGCUUUAAUCCUAUAUCCUUGUGGGCAGAUCCAAAAUACGUCAGAGCCUGGAAAGGAGGAACAGGGGACUGCAAACUGGGAGGGAACUAUGGAUCUUCUAUUUAUGCCCAGCGUGAAGCUAUGGAGUUAGGGUGUCAGCAGGUUCUGUGGCUCUAUGGGGAAGACCAUCAAAUUACAGAAGUCGGGACCAUGAAUCUCUUCCUGUAUUGGCGGAAUGAAAAUGGAGAGGAGGAGCUGGCAACUCCACCACUAGAUGGCAUCAUUCUUCCUGGUGUGACGAGGCAGAGCAUUUUAGACCUGGCACACAAGUGGGGAGAAUUUAAAGUGUCCGAGCGAUACAUCACCAUGAGCGAUUUGACAACUGCCUUGAAGGAUCGCCGAGUGAAGGAGAUGUUUGGUGCUGGAACGGCUUGUGUUGUGUGCCCUAUUUCAACAAUAUUGUAUAUGGGCGAGAAUUUGCACAUUCCAACCAUGGAGAAUGGACCUCAGAUAGCUACCCGUUUUUUGAAACAACUGACUGAUAUCCAAUACGGAAGAGAAGACAGUGAGUGGACAAUCGUGGUGUCCUGAAUGCAAAGGACAAGGAAGGCUCAGACCUCCUGGAAAGAGAACAAGGCAGGCCGACGUACCAUCUGAACAAUGACCAGUUGUACCGUAGCUCCGCGUAGCGUAGUCCGUGUGUUAUCACUUUGUUCCUGGGCUUAGUGGGGUGGGGGGGGGAAUGGUGUCCACAUGCCAGGGAAUGUGAACACAGUCGUUUGAUUUUCUACUGUGAUUUUGCUCUAGAGUAGAAAUCUGUCUUCUGGUAGAGGUGCUAGAUGUAAGCAAUAGACACUUUUCCGACAGUUUUCUUGAUGCCCCCUCGUGUCCUCGGUACAGUUGACAGAUGUGUUUAAAAGUUCUUCAACUGCUCUUCAGUUCAAGCCAAGUACUCUUUGCAUUACCUUUUGAGCCACAGAUUGCUACCUAUAGCACAGUUGCCAAAUGUCUCAGAGGUAUCCUUUUGCUAUCUCCGAGUCUUCUCAUUAUUCCCAGGUUGGGAAGAUGAUAAAACUGUUCUGGUUUUGUUUUCGUUUUUUUAAUCUUUUCUAUUGUUCCUUUGACUGUUGUGGGAUAUUUCUCUUAAAUCCCCAGGGUGCUUUUUGCUUUUUCCUAUUUAAUACUUUGGUUGUGGAGACCAUGACUAGGAGUUUGCAAUUUGGGUUCAGAAUUCGGUAAAAAAUACCGAAUAUUACCUGAUUUGGGAAAAUUUGGUAUUACCAAACCCGAAUCAACUGAAAUUUUUCCCCUGUGCACACCCCUAACCAUGACUCAUAGGGGCAGAAUUUUCUAAAUGAAAAUGAUUCAGUUUGGUGCUGGUUUGGUGCCACUUUGGUGCCUGGUAAUACCAUGCCUUGGAUGAAUUCUGAUAACCUUUCUUUUCUCCCUGCAAAAUGACCUCUGAGGGGUACACACAGGGCUGGCCCAAGGAUUUUGUGUGCCCUAGAUUAGGACACCAAGCUACCCUCCCACAGGGAGAUUUUGUUUCCUAGCUUGCCCUCUUUUUGAGCUAGCUUUAAGACAUCUUUUGCCAAAGGUUACUUAUGAUAGUGUUCCAUUAGUUACCGUUAUUGUCACUUUAAGGGGAAGAAUUGGAUUACAUUGGUAAAAUAACCAAUGAAAUAGUAUGAAAAACCAGUUCUCUGUUUGUGGUUGCACUAACAGUACUUAGAGAGCUGAGAAGUAUUUAUUUUUUUCUAUAAAAGAGAGGGUGAAAUUUUGGGAAACUUAACAAUGUUCCUCUUUUGUAACUGAACCUACCUCUAACACCUUGAAAUACAUUCAGCAUCUCUC